AGCCAAAGUGUCCCGACAUUUAUGUUGAUAACUCUGCCCAAAUUGUAAAUAAAUAAAUGCAGUCAGGACACCGACGAGGCAGCGAAGGGGUUAAGGAGUGCUCAGUCAGUUUCAGUUUCAUUUCUUCAGAACGGAAUCUACUCGGAGAAAGAAGAGCAUACAGUAUAAGAGCAUCAGAAACACAGCCCGUCUCCAGUCUCCGAGAGGACAUCCAGCCGUUCACACCGGCAUCAAAAUGCAGUCUAAUGGCCAAGCAUCUGGAUUUUCGUUUGGUACAUCAAAUUCCUUUGGUGCAUCCACAACGCCUACUUUUCAAUAUAUGCCUCCAUCACAGUCAAAUGGGCAGGUUCAACCUUCAUCGGCCUCCAGCACAACACCCCUUUUUCAAUUUACAACUUCACCGCAGAAGUCAAAUGUGCCGGUUCAGAAUUCAUCGGCUUCCAGCACAACACCCCUUUUUCAACUUACAACUUCACCACAGAAGUCAAAAAGCAUCAUUCAACCAGCAACAUUUUCAAUACCAUCUUCAGGCCAAAACCAAAGCCUUUCAGCCCUGAUAUCUACUACAUCAGAGAACUUACCACCAGCUACUGAGACAACCUCACAGGAGCCAAUAGCUAAUGGAGGUUCCUCCACUGAGUCAUUUGUCUUUCAAGGCACAACAGCCAGCAACCUGAAUCUUUGCCCCGGCCGAAGGAAAGGUUAUAAACGGCUACUCAAGUCUAGAGGCAAGUCCGUAGGACAUGAUCAUCCCACAUGGGUUGUGAUGAGCAGAUGGCAGACACAUAAGAAGAAGGUACAACCAGACAAUGUCCUAGGACAACAGUAUGAGUACAAGAUCCGUCCAUGUAUUGAUCUCAUUGACUCGUUGAGGUCAUUGGGCGUGGAGAAGGAUCUGGGAUUACCGGCGAUCGCUGUGAUUGGGGAUCAGAGUUCUGGGAAAAGUUCGGUUCUGGAGGCUCUGUCUGGGGUCAAUCUUCCCAGGGGCAGUGGUAUUGUGACAAGAUGCCCCCUGGUCCUAAAAUUGAAAAAAUCCAAGAAGAAUUCCCCAUGGAAAGGCAAAAUAAGCUAUCUAGAGCAGGAAGUGGUAGUGAAAUCACCAGGGGAGGUGGAGAAAGAAGUUCGGAAAGCCCAAGAUCACAUUGCUGGUGCUGGUAAUGGAGUCAGUGAAGAACUCAUCACCCUUGAAGUAGAGUCUCCAAAUGUCCCAGACCUGACAUUGCUCGAUCUUCCAGGAAUAACACGAGUUGCUUUACCCAACCAACCUCCAGAUAUAGGACAACAGAUCAAGAAUAUGAUCACGAAGUACAUAAAAAAGCAGGAGACCAUCAAUUUGGCUGUGGUUCCCAGUAACAUGGAUAUUGCCACCACUGAAGCUCUAGAAAUGGCUCGGGCAGUUGAUCCUAAGGGAGAGAGGACACUAGGGAUCCUGACGAAGCCAGAUUUAGUUGACAAAGGAUCUGAACAAGAUGUCGUCAGCGUUGUCCGAAACCUGGUGUACCCUCUUAAGAAAGGCUACAUGAUCGUCAAGUGUCGGGGGCAGAUGGAGAUCUACAGCAAAACCUCUCUGGAGACCGCCUUACAAAAUGAGAAAGCUUUCUUCAAGAACCAUGAACAUUUCGGGGUUCUGAUGGAAGAGGGACGUGCAACAAUUUCCUUGUUGGCAGAAAAACUUACUGUUGAACUUGUGGAUCAUAUUUCUAGAACAAUACCUAACCUGGAGGGUCAAAUCAAGCAAAAACUUCAUGAGGCACAGAAGAGAGUGAAGAUAAUUGGUGCAGGCAUCCCGGAGACUGAGUCAGACAAGCUAUUAUUUCUCAUAGAUAGAAUCAGACAUUUUGUUGAGGGAAUCACUCAAGUCACACAAGGAGAAGAAGAGGCUACAGCUAAAAAGCUGAAACUGUUCACCAACAUCCGAAAGAAAUUCUGCAAAUGGGAAAUGGCCCUUAAGCAAUCAGCUGAUAAAUUCCCUCGGGAAAUAAGAGCUGACAUUACUCUUUACGAGAACCAACAUCGUGGGCGAGAACUUACAGGAUUCGUCAACUACAAAACAUUUGAAAACAUAGCAAGAAAUCAAAUCCAGACAUUCGAGGAGCCGGCCAUUGACAAGCUGAACGAAAUCACAGAACUCAUCAGAUCUACUUUCAAUAAUACGGCGCUGAAGCAUUUCACCCAAUAUCCAAAUCUUUACAGAAGUGCAAAGGGAAAGCUAGAAGAGAUUUGUAGUAAACAACAAAAGGAGGCUGAGAAAGGAAUCCGCACACAGUUCAAGAUGGAACAGAUCAUAUACUGCCAGGACACCAUUUACGGAGGAUCUUUGAAGGAAAUCCGAGAAGAAGGACUUUCUCCUGCCUUUCCUGGCUUUGGAAAAGUCGCAUUGCCAAUAGAAUCCGCAACACAGAUACAGCUGUCUGUUCAGGAAAUGUCUCAACACAUCCAGGCGUAUUUCAAGAACACGACCACUCGUUUGUCAAACCAGAUCCCUCUGAUCGUCCUGCACUACAUGCUCCACGAGUUUGCUGACAAGCUGCAGGCCCAAAUGCUGCUCCUACUCCAGGAGAAAGAUAGCCUCAAUGUGUUACUAGUGGAGAAAGACGACCUGUCCAAAGAGCGGAAGAGUUUAAGAGAGCAGAUCAAACGCCUCCGUGAGGCCCAACAGACAUUAGCCAAAUUUCCAUGUUAGUCAUUAAACCCUUUACCCCAACAUUAUUUAUGUGUUGUCAGAAGGAGCAGAACCAUCAGUGAGGCGCUCCAGGUCAGAAGAACUAUGAGUGAGGGGCUUCUUCUUGUGGGCGAUUGCCAUUGGUAUAUUUAUUACAUAGAAGUCAAUCUUGUCUGCCAAAAUACUCUUUCCUUUUUAGUUUUUUUCUAAGGAUCGGCAUAUGUUUAUCCCAGGCAUGCAGUAUAUAUAUUUGUGUGUAUGUAUUGUGAAAUUAAAAAAAGUUUCCCCCACCUUCUUCA